UAUCUUCUGUUUAUUUGCAGUUCAGGUUCUGCGCAAGAUGGCCCAGGAACAUGUGUAUAAAGUGUUGUUCUUUCUGCAAUCGGCAGCUUUCAUUGCCUUCGUUAUAAAUUAUUCGCAGAAGUCUGAUGUUGUUUUUGCCCCGGUCAGACAAUCCCCUCCGGUCAGACAAUCCCCUCCUGCUACCACUGCGCCUCGUGAGUGCAAAUGCAUUGAAGCUACCAUCAGGACCGCUUUUGAUGCUGCGGCUGUUUGCAAGGACGUCCUCGAGUCCAGGGGGAAGAUUUCCAACUGCACCCUGGCCGACAUCAAUAGGAGACCUGGGGUGGUGUUGCUUACCACUACAAACCUCGCCUUCCUGGAUGUUACCCUGAACAUGCUGGAGAGCAUCAAGAGAACGGGUGUGUGCGUCAACACCACUGUCAUUGCUGAGGACAAGAAGGUCUUUGAGCAGUUGCGGAUGAGACUGGAUGGUGAUCUGGCAUACCGUGUCCUCUUGACUAAUUCAGGUGAGAUGGACGUCAUAGAACACCCACGAUCUCAUGGCAGCCAGUACUAUGGUCUGAUGAACAAACGCCAGGCCUAUAUCCUGGCUUUGCUACAGGAGGGUUACGAGGUGCUGUUUUCAGAUGCCGACACUUUUUGGUUCCGGGACCCCUUUCCCUUUUUCGAGGGAGACUUUGACAUCUCCUUGAUAGACUCUGUCAACCCGUUUGGAGUUAGAUCUGGGAAAUCCAAUUUCUGUGCUGGCUUCGUGUACUUUAAGCCGACCAACGCGAGUCUUCAAUUUGUCAAGGCCUGGGUGGAUGCACUUGACAGUAACAAAAAGAAAGGCAGGUAUACACCGGAUCAGAACGUUAUGAAUGGGCUUCUCAAAAGCGACAAACCCGUGUAUGUUAAGAUCAAACCCCUGGACACGAACAUCUUCCCGUAUGGACCCAAAUUUUAUGACCUGCUUGCGAAAAAGGCGAACUAUUCAACUGUUGUAAUGCACGCCGCCAGUAUCCGUGGACAUGAGGCCAAAGUUACGAAGUUCAAGAGUUCAGACAUGUGGUUGGUAAACAAGACGACAAAUGAGAUGCUAGCAGAAAGCACGUGACUUCUCUGAGAGUCGGUUGGUGUAUCCGGUUCGUAAGUGACUGCGUCAUCGCGCACGCACCGCUGAUUACUAGCGCCACUUUGCACUACUUCCGGUUCUAAUGGUUGCAAUGAUUUUCAAUGCUACUCCGUCUGUAGUGGGCGUGGUUUCAGUUAAAAAGAUGUAGCGUUUACGAACCGGAUACAUGUAAAAGGCCAGUUAAUACUCGGCGCCAAUGCUUGUGCACAUUUUGGACGUCACAAGUAUGCGCUUAUUCGAAAUACCUCCUCCCUAGUGAUGUUGAACGCAAAACUUUAACUUUCGUUAAAGGUAGAGUUUAUUAUUUGCUGCCCUCCAAAUAACUUUAUUUUUAAGAAGCAUACUUGGUUUUUAGUACUGGCUCUAAACCCCAUGUGAAAUUAUUCUU